AAAUGUUUAGAUUAAAACAAGAAAAUUCCUGGUUACACAACAAUGCUUUGGUGCCAACCCUGUACUUUUCUACAAGUUCAAGAGUUGACUUAUAAUUAAGAUUCGAACCAACCAACAUUGGCCUGCAUUUUCUUUUGUUUAUUUGCUAACCUUUUCGCACCAAUUCUUAUUUUCAAAUAAAUACCCCAAAUCUAAUAUAUGAGUAUAGAAUAUAAAAUACCCUUAAUAUAUGAGUCUAAAAUGUGACAACCAUAAUUUUGUUGAAAUUGUGUUUACGUCCAAAACCACCACGUUGCCACCAUAUAAUUUUGUGUUGAGGAUAAGGCUUGUCCUAGUAAAAAUAUUACAAUGACAAUCUUAGUUGCUUUGAGGGCCCAACGCAUAGCUCGCUUCCCUCUCAACUCCUCUCCCUAUGUUUUACCAAGUCUCUCUCAUUCAUCACAAACUCAAACAGACAAAACAAACAAAACAAUACCACAACAAACAUCUCUGCACGUUUUCCCCUUUCUUGCUUCCAACAACAUCCUUUCUCAUCUCCAUCUUCUCUUUCUGUUUCCUCCAACUGUCUAAGCAUUUUUGUACAUUCGUACAUGCCCGAAAUCCACGUAUACCUUCUCUCCCCCAUAACCCCACCAACCUCCUUGUUCUUGAGUUAAGCUCUUGCAUUUUUGGGCCCAAUUCUAUUACUAUGAUCUAUCCUCCAUUGCCGCCACCACUGCCAUUGCCACCGUCAUUUCCUCCUCCUUAAUUUGCUCCAUCAUAGACAUCAAUGGGGAGAGAGAUAAAUGGGGCAUCAAUGCCUCAGCCCUUCUCCUCCCUACCCUUUCUUUUCCUUCUCCUGUGCGUAUUAACAUUCAGCCUCACAAGCUUUGUUUCAGCCAAAGGCAAUGACUCUUCUCCUCUUACAGCCACAUUCUCUCCUCCUGAUAAUUUUCUCAUCGACUGUGGCUCGUCACAACAAACCAAACUCAAUGAUGGCAGGACAUUCAAAUCGGACCGUGACACGUCUAGUCUCUUGUCCACAAACGAAGAUGUGCAGGCUUCAGUUGAUUCAAUCACUCCCAAUGCCUCUUCCAAUAUAGCAUCUUCCUCUCAGCCUUUGUAUCGCACUGCAAGAAUUUUCUCUGAAAAAUCCACCUACACUUUCUACAUUAACAAACCAGGCCAGCAUUGGAUUAGGCUUUACUUCUAUCCACUUCCACACCAAACAUAUAAUUUGACAAGCGCUGUUUUCACAGUAAACACAGAUAAGUAUGUUCUUUUGCAUGACUUCUCUGUGACAGACAGUACCACCUUGGUGUUUAAAGAGUACAUUCUCAAUGUCACAGAAAAUCGGAUUUCUCUCCAUUUCAGUCCCAAGAAAAAAUCCUGUGCAUUUGUUAAUGCUAUUGAGGUUGUCUCUGCUCCUGAUACUCUGUUCAAUAAUUCAGCCACAUCAGUUUCACCGGUUAGUGACUUCAAUGGCUUAUCUAAUUAUGCUUUUCAAGUUCGAUACCGGUUAAAUGUUGGAGGUCCAUUGCUAUCUCCUGCAAAUGACACAUUGUCAAGGACUUGGGAGCCUGAUAAUGCAUAUAAUGCAUUUCCACAAGGAACUCAAAAUGUGUCUGUGGCUCCCAAAGCCAUCAAGUAUCCUCAGAGUGGGGCUACUGUGUUGAUCGCCCCUAAUUUGGUUUAUGCAUCCGCUCAACACAUGAAAGACUCUGCUACAAGUCAACAGAAUUUUAACCUCACCUGGAAGUUGAAUGUUGAAGAGGACUUUUCCUAUUUGAUCAGAAUGCAUUUUAGUGACGUUGUGAGCAAGGCCCUUAAUACUUUGUAUUUCAAUGUAUAUGUCAAUGGGAUGUCGGCCGUGUCCAAUCUUGACCUUUCUUCACUCACGGGUGCCCUUUCCACUGCUUAUUACAAAGAUUUUGUGCUCAACGCCACAUCAAUCUCCAGUGAAAAUAAUACCAUACGGGUUCAGGUUGGUCCCGGUAGCACUCAGUCAGGCUCUCAGGAUGCACUUCUUAAUGGAUUGGAGAUCCUAAAGAUGAGCAACAUAGCGGAUAGCUUGGAUGGUCUUUUCGGUGUUGAUGGGUCAUACAAGGGACCUACAGGAAUAAGUACCAUGAAGAUAGUUGCUGGUGUUGGCUUGGGAAUGGGAUUGACAGCAAUGUUGUUAGUUGUUGUUGUUAUUGUGAGGUGGCAAAGAAGACCUCAAGGUUGGGAAAAGAGAAAUAGCUUCUCAUCAUGGCUGCUUCCUCUACAUUCCAGCCAAUCUAGCUUAUUCUCCAGUAAGAGCAGCUCAAGAAGAUCAGGUGUCUUCGGCUCACGCAAGAGCAAAAGUGGUCACUCAACCUAUUUCUCUUCAACUAAUUGCUACGGAAGGUCCUUCACCUUCAGUCAAUUACAAAAUGCAACACAAAACUUUGAUGAGAAGGCAGUGAUUGGUGUUGGUGGUUUCGGAAAAGUGUAUCUUGGGGUGUUGGCAGAUGGUACUAAGCUUGCUAUAAAAAGAGGGAACCCAAAUUCAGAGCAAGGCAUUAAUGAAUUCAGAACAGAAAUGGACAUGCUCUCCAAGCUACGCCAUCGCCACCUCGUUUCACUAAUUGGGUUUUGUGAUGAGAAUGCGGAGAUGAUCCUUGUGUAUGAGUACAUGGCUAAUGGACCGCUUCGUGACCACCUCUAUGGUUCAAACCAACCCCCAUUGUCAUGGAAACAAAGGCUUGAGGUUUGCAUUGGCGCUGCUCGCGGUUUACAUUACCUGCAUACUGGUGCAGCACAAGGUAUCAUACACCGUGAUGUAAAGACAACAAACAUUCUCCUGGAUGAGAAUUUUGUUGCAAAAGUUUCUGAUUUUGGCCUGUCAAAAGCUGCACCAACGUUGGAACAAACUCAUGUCAGCACAGCUGUGAAGGGUAGUUUUGGUUAUCUCGAUCCUGAGUAUUUCAGGAGGCAACAGCUUACUGAGAAAUCUGAUGUUUACUCUUUCGGUGUGGUGCUUUUUGAGGCACUGUGUGCAAGGCCUGUUAUAAACCCGGCGCUGCCAAGAGAGCAGGUGAGUUUGGCUGAGUGGGCAAUGCAAUGGCACAGGAAGGGUAUGAUUGAGAAGAUAAUUGACCCUUAUAUUGCUAGCUCAGUCGACUCUGGUUCCCUGAGGAAGUUUGUAGAAGCUGCAGAGAAAUGCCUGGCUGAAUAUGGUGUUGAUAGGCCUACCAUGGGAGAUGUAUUGUGGAACUUAGAGUACGCUUCACAGCUUCAAGAGGCAGCCUCACAGAUUGAUCCUCCAGAAGAUAAAACUUCCAGUCUCAUUUCUUUGGAAAAACCGAGUGAAAAUGACUCAAGGGAAGGCUCUGCUGUGGGCUCUGCUGUUGGAGUGAGUGAUGAUUCUGAAGUGACAAUUGGUUCUCCUGCGUUUGCUCAAAAGGGAAAUAUCCAGGGGAGGUAAUUGGCCAUACUUCCAAUUGUUCAGGUUCUAUGCUGUGUGAUGAAGCAGGCUUUGAUUGAAUUACUUGUGUUCCCAG